AGAUUCUUUGUAGCCUGCCAUACAGCAUUCUGCCCAGCAGGGGGCAGCCUGGCCAUGGAAAUGCGGACCACUAGGAUAUGCAGUUGAAAGUAUAAGGACACCCCUGUCCUGUUUACACUGCAUACUUACUUUGUGCUUUUGGUCUGAGGCUGCUUUUCAUUGUUAAAGCAACCUAUAGUUUGGGGCGGCAGUAGCUCAGUCCAUAGGGACUUGGGUUGGGAACCGGAGGGUCACCUGUUCGAGUCCCCGUCCGGACCAAAUAUGGAGCGUGGACUGGUGGCUGGAGAGGUGCCAGUUCACCUCCUGGGCACUGCCGAGGUGCCGAACCCCCCCAACCGAACCCCCCAACCGCCCGGGGCGCCCGACCAAAGGGCAGCCCCCUCACCCCGAGGUCUCUCCACUUUGUGCAUGUAUAGGUCCUGUUUGUGCAUGUGUGUGUCUUUCAGACCUGUGUGUAAUUGACAAGCAAGAGUGAAAACGUUGAAUUUCCCCUCAGGGGGAUUAAUAAAGUAAAUAAAACUUAAAACUUAAACUUAGUUUCAGUUUAAGGCUGUUAAACUUGCUACUGGGGGCAAGUGACAAUUGUAGGAUAAUGACAACCCACAGAAAUCAGAAAAAACAUACAUACAAGCAAUAUGUCUUGGUGAUUCGGUUGCAUUAACAAUAAAUACAAAAGUUACUGUUCCUACAGUAAGUAUGGGAAAAAAGAAACAAUUCAAAUGGGGUUUUUUUUAAACAAAGAGCUACUACAGUAUCUGAACUAAUAAAGAGCAAUCAAGAUAGUAAAUGAUUCAGUAACAUCCAUUAUUCUGUUACUUAAAAUUAGCCACCAUAAGCUGCUGAUCAUAGCAGACUAAUUAAGGCUGUGGGAGCCAAACCUCUGAGCAGAGAUGACUUAUUAAUGCAACUUUUCAUUUGUAAGAGUAAUAUUAACAGUGUAUUAUUUCUUCUUUCAGAAGUUAAAUAGUGCUCUAAGGACAAUCUUAAUAAUACAGGGCAUGUGAUUUCAAUUCUGUUGCAACAUUUCGGUGACUUCCUUCAACCUGACAAAACCAAGCCCAUAAUUAAAAUGUUUUUCCUAGUCUGGUGUGUAAAAACUUGACUGGCCUGCAGAAAGCCUUGACCUCAACCCCAUCCAACACCUUUGGGAGGAAUUAUGCUGACUGAGGGCAGGGCCUUAUCACCAAACAUGAAUGCCCCUCAUGGUCCCCCAUGAUCCUGAAAGCAGAUUAACAGAUAUUGUCAGGAGAUGGAUAACACUAUACACCGUGUAAAGGGUCAUCCCUUAUCAUCACUUUUUAUCACAUAGCUUGUGGUGCUUCUUGGGUGCAGUUACAGUUGGUCCGAGAUGUUGAGGAGGAAAGUUCAAUGUCAUGUCAGUUUGACAACAACCACAAUUCUAGGGGCUGAGGAUUAAAGAGGAGUCCAAAGAUCAGCUACAUUUAUUACAGUAACUCACUGAUUACAUGCUUGCUCACCUUUCCCUCUGUCUUUCUCUCUGUCUGACUGCACUGGUCUCUGCGUCGGACUGUACCCCUCUCUCUUUGAAUCUCUAUUUCUGACUCCUCUUCUUGCUGCAAAUUCUACUGUUUUUUUUAAAGAUGUCUCAGGGGGAGAAGGUUGUUUGCAAUGUUGAAGAGUAUUUCCAGGAACGAGGGCCAACUGUCACAUUUAGCAACUUGCACUACUGUGUUCACGAGACGAGGUUCUGCCGCAAGGGAGGUGCUGAAAAACACAUCCUCAACGAUGUAAGUGGCAUCAUGAGACCUGGGAUGAAUGCCAUCAUGGGCGCCACCGGAAGUGGCAAAACAUCACUCCUGGAUGUGAUCGCAGGAAGAAAAGACCCUGCUGGACUGAAGGAAGGAAUAGUGAUGGUGGAUGGCAAAGUCGUCACGUCUGAGCUCAGGCUCAGCUCUGCCUAUGUGGUCCAGGAUGAUAUCCUGAUGGGCACUCUGUCUGUGAGGGAGAACCUCCUGUUCAGUGCCAACCUGCGUCUCAACCCUCGGGAAUACACCACCGUGGACAAAAACAGCAGAGUAGAUGCCAUCAUACAAGACCUGGGCCUUACAGACUGUGCAGACACUAAGAUAGGGACAGAGUUUCUGCGUGGUGUAUCUGGAGGUGAAAGGAAGAGGUGUAGCAUCGGGAUGGAGCUCAUCACCUCUCCCUCUCUGCUGUUUCUGGAUGAACCGACCACUGGACUGGACUCUAACACUGCAAACUGUAUCAUCAAUCUACUGCACAAGCUCUCCAGAAGAGGUAAGACUGUGAUCUUCUCCAUCCACCAGCCACGCUACUCCAUCUUCAGACAGUUUGACCAUCUGACUCUGAUGCAUAAAGGGGAGGUGGUGUACGCAGGAGCGGCAGAUCAUACACUGGAAUACUUCACAAACCUUGGCUACCAAAUUGAGUCCUUUGACAACCCUGCUGAUUUCUUCAUGGACAUCACAAAUGGAGAGGCGAAAUCAACAUUUACAUCACCCACUGCAGUAGAGUGUUAUAACCCACUGGCAACCAAGUACCGACAGUCGCAGCUGUGCCAGGAUGUGCUUGAGGAGUUGAACCAUGUAAACCAGAGCGCUGCUGAAGGGCUCAAAGGUGAAGAGGAACCAGUCGACUAUGCUACCUCUUUCCUCUAUCAGAUGCGUGUGGUGUGUGGCAGGACAGUGCUGAACAGUCUGAGGAACCCUCAGACCUCUUAUGCCCAGUUGGCUCUCAACAUCUUCUUUGCAAUUCUGGUGGGACUCAUUUAUUACCAAAUGCCCUUAACACUGCCCGAGGCUCUACAGAACAGGAGCGGAGCGUUCUUCUUCCUUAUCAUCAACAUGGUGUUUGGGAAUCUCUCUGCUGUGGAGCUCUUUAUAAACGAAAGGGCGAUCUUCAUUCACGAGAACUCCAGUGGCUAUUACCGCACCUCUGUCUACUUCCUGUCCAAGAUCUUCGCUGAUCUCAUUCCCAAUCGCAUCAUCCCCAUCUUUGUAUUUUCAGCCAUCGCCUACUAUAUGAUGGGACUGAAGCCUGCCUUUGAGGCCUUCAUGUGUUUCUCCCUGACCAUGUCUCUGGUCAGUCUGGCAGGAGUCGGUCUGGCCUUCCUUGUUUCUGCCAGCGUAUCUUCAUUUGCCAUGGCUAACAUCCUCAUUGCUCUGCCCUUCGUCUUUAUGAUGGUCUUUGGUGGUUAUCUUGUCAAUCUCAAUGCCAUGCUGAGCUGGCUCUCCUGGCUGAAAUGGAUCAGUAUCUUCAGAUACGGACUGAAUGCUGCAUUCAUCAACGAGUUUAAGGGACAGCUCUUCUACAGCAACACCACCAUUAUCCCAGGGGAGCUGUUCCUGAAAGGACAGGACAUCGACUAUUCUGUGUGGGGCUUCUGGCAGAACCAGGUGGCUCUGCUGGGAAUCAUAUUGGUCUGCAUGUUCCUGGCGUACGUACAGCUGCGACGAAUCAACCGCUGGAAAUGAUGCCCGUCCAUCUGCUUAUGUAUCCAUCAACCAUGCAACCGUGUACUGUGUCUUUAUCUUUCAUCUUAUUUAUUCAACAGACCUUAAAUGAAACACAUACCAUCAUUUGGGGGGAAAAUAAGAUUUAAAUUAUUAUUUAAAAUCAACAUAUUAGUUGAACAUCACACAUUCAACCUCUCUCCAUCCUUCACUCACUCACGCUCUCACUGAUAAACAAACACACGUGUUGUAACAUUUGACUCCCAGGUGGAUAAGCUGCCACUAAGCACACUUGGUCUGUGCACGAGGGAAUGUACAGCAACUGCCAAGCUGACGUCUAAGUCCAUACAAAGCUUCUUACAGUGACUGACACAACAUUAGCCACAGUAAAGAAAAGAUGUACAGAAUUUAGUAUAUAUUACAGGAAAUACUUAAGUUAAAAAAAAUAAUAAUUAAAAAAAAAAAAAAAUAUAUAUAUAUAUAUAAGUCAGUGCCUAAAGCUAUUACCUUUUUUAUUAAUGCCUCAGAGAAACAGUGAAGGAAAUGCCAUUUUAUUUUGAGUGCCAUAUACCUUUUUUGUUACAAACUUUAUGCAAGUUUUACAAAAAUAUAUUGAUAACUUAUCAGCAUGAGAUAUGGGUGUAAAGUCACGCUGUAAAACUCGAUUACACGGCAGAGAAAAAGAUUCACACAUGACGGAGAAGCAUUCAAAUGAACACUUGUUUUAAAGGUUUGAAAAUCAUCUUAUUCCACUCUGUCUGACGGUGUCACAUAUAUUCUGUGUCAUGUUGCAGUGAGGCUAUAUAUUUACACCAAGUGAAAUCCUCGAACCCAAGACUCUGCACCACUGCAUUAAAAGAAAAUAUUUUCAAUGUAUUGUGCAUUAUUUUACAAAAAGUUCCUGUGAAAUUCAUCUUAUUUGGAAUCUUGGGGAAGUUUUACAUCUCCUCUUGAAUUUAAAUAAAAUUUUGGGUUUGAAGAAUGUUGCGUAGCUGUUGCUGCGUAGUAUGAGUUGGACAGCCACUGGGGUUGAAGAGAUUAACCGUGGCCACCAUUUUAAUGUGAACUGAUACAGGUUUACUGACAUGUAUGUUAAGUUACACAAUAGGGAAGCAAAGUGUGAAGGGAUACUGUGGUUUAGAAAGCUGACCCAGGUUUUCCUAUCCCUCCCAGGAGACCCAGAACAAGACAGUGUAGAUCGGCCGGGUGCAGGUGCCUAUCUAUCGUAUCUGCAACACAGUCAGGGAAGAGUUGUCUUUCACAUUGCAUUUCAUGUAAUCAGAUUAUAAAAAAAACCUCCCUGUGCACAGUGCACACUCAUAAAGUGAGAAAGGUGUAUCUUAUCAA